AUGGGUGGCUGCUGGCUCUUUGUGGCUCUGGUUAUUAUAAGAGCAGUCAGUGGAAGCCCUGGAGAAGGCAGGAAAGUGUGGGACAGAAUCCGUCUUCAGAACCCACUGAAUGAGAGCCAGCUCUUUACUCAUGGUGAAUUCCCCCCAGAUUUUCUUUGGGGGGUCGGUAGCUCAUCCUUGCAGGCUGAAGAAGACCACUCCACCAGGGGACCCUCUAUAUGGGACCAGUAUAUGAGAUCCCACCAGAACAGUACCCAUCACCUUCAUCAUGAAGUCCAUCUUGAAGACCCCUCUACCAGCUUCCUGCAGAAGGAGCUGCCGGGGCUGGAGUUCCUUGGGGUGAAUUUUUACCAUUUCUCCAUUUCCUGGCCAAGGCUUUUCCCCCAUGGCAAUGAAGUUGUCAAUGAGCAGGGAGUCCAGUAUUACAACUCUCUGAUAGACUUGCUGCUCAGCAGACACCUGCAGCCAGUGAUCACCUUGUACCACUGGGACCUACCUCUGCCCAUCCAGGAGAUGUACGGGGGGUGGGCAAAUCAAAGCGUCUCCCAUCUUUUCAAUGACUAUGCCAGCUUCUGCUUCAAGACAUUUGGGGACCGGGUAAAGUACUGGAUCACCAUGCACAACCCUUAUCUAAUAGCAUGGCAUGGCUAUGGCACAGGGGUGCACGCCCCAUGGCAGAGAGGAGACGAAGCACUGGUAUCUGCAGUGGCACACAAUCUGAUCAAGGCUCAUGCUAUGGUUUGGCACACAUACAACACAUACUUCCGUACAUCGCAAAAAGGCUACCUGUCGGUGACUUUGGGCUCUCACUGGAUAGAACCAGAGAAAGGAAAUAUCAGCCCUGCAACCAUUGAGAUGUGUCAGGAAUCCAUGGAAACUGUACUUGGACGGUUUGCAAAACCCAUUUACAGUGACGGAGAUUACCCUGACAUCCUGAAGAAUAAAUAUAGCUCUACAUUACCCAACUUUACUGAUGCAGAAAAGACUUACAUAAAGGGGACAUCAGAUUUCUUUGCAUUUUCCUUUGGCCCCAAUAAUUUUAAGCGCCUGUAUGAGGCUGCCAAGUUGGGCAAGGUUUUAAUUCAUUUGAGAGGUGUGCUAAAUUGGAUUAAAAUGGAAUAUAACAACCCCAGAAUUAUGAUCAUGGAAAAUGGCUGGUUCUCCAACAGCAACAUCAAAACGGAAGAUACCACCUCCAUAUACAUCAUGAAGAAGUUUGUCAAUGACAUCCUGCAAGCUAUUAAACAUGAUGAGAUACAAGUGUUUGGUUAUACUGCCUGGUCUCUGUUUGAUGGCUUUGAAUGGCAAGAUGGAUACAAAAUAAGACGUGGCUUGUUUUACUUAGAUUUUAACUACAAGGAUACAAAAAUAAUACCUAAAUCGUCAGCAUUGUAUUAUAAGCAAAUCAUACAUGAUAAUGGCUUUCCUCAGACGGACACCACGCCUGCUGUAUAUGGACAGUUCCCGUGUGACUUCUCAUGGGGAGUAACAGAUUCUGUGCUUAAGCCGGAGCUAAUCCCAUCAUCGCCACAAUUUAUCGACCGCCGUUUGUACGUGUGGAAUGUCACCGGAGAUGGGAUUCUGCAUGCUGUGAAAGGAGUGGUCCUUAAGACUCGUCCUGCCCAAUGUACCGAUUUUAUCACCAUCAAAAAACAGCUGUCCCUACUGACAAGGAUGAAAGUCACUGACUACAGAUUCGCACUCAAUUGGUCCUUGAUUCUACCAAAAGGAGACCUAUCUGUUAUUAACCGGGAAGUCCUUCGGUAUUAUCGAUGCAUGGUGGAGGAGGCAGAUCUUCAUGGAAUAAAGACUAUGAUAACACUUUACUAUCCAACUCACGGGUCUUUAAGCCUUCCAGGGCCAUUGGUAGAAAAUGGGGGUUGGCUAAACAGGACUAUCACUCGGGCUUUCAGUGAAUAUGCAAACUUGUGUUUUAAUGAACUGGGUGACUUGGUAAAGCAUUGGGUCACCAUUAAUGAACCCAACAGGCUGAGCCAGUAUUAUAAUAACAGCAGUAAUAUUACUUAUCAGUCAGUUCAUAACGUCCUUAUAGCUCAUUCAAUGGCAUGGCGGUUGUAUGACCAGAAAUAUAGGCCGACUCAGCAUGGCCUGGUCUCCUUGGCUCUACAUACAGACUGGGCUGAGCCUGCUAACCCUUUUCUAAAGUCUCAUGCUGAAGCAGCGGAGAGGUUCUUACAGUUUGAUAUUGCUUGGCUUGCUGAGCCAAUUUUCGGUUCCGGUGAUUAUCCAGUCCGUAUGAGGCAGUACAUUCUAGCCAAGAAUAAAAAAGGUCUCUCCAACUCCUAUUUGCCCCAUUUCACAGAAGAGGAGAAAAAACUUGUUAGAGGAUCGGCUGAUUUCUUUGCCCUGAACCAUUUCACCACCAGGCUCGUUAUUCAUGAGCCAAAGAAUGGGAGUAGACAUGAUUUUGAUCGAGAUAUUCACUUCCUCGCUGAUGCCACAUCUCUCAGUUCAGCGAGUGGCUUGACAGUUGUUCCUUCCGGAGUACGUAAACUCUUAAACUGGGUGAAGCUAGAGUACGGAAACAUUCCGAUUUAUAUAACGGCAAAUGGAAUUGAUGACAAAUCUUCCAGCAAUGAUGACCUGAGGAUAUAUUAUUUACAGCGAUACACUAGACAAAUAUUACUAGCCUAUCAACAGGAUAAAAUCAAUGUCCGAGGAUACUAUGCAUUUAAACUGACCGAUAAAACAAAGCCACAAUAUGGUUUCUAUAACUCUGCCAUUUACAACUUGAAAGCCAAGUCUUCAGUGGAUGUGUUCAGCGCCACGGUGGAAGCAAAUGGUUUUCCAUUGGAUCGGUCGGAUAACCAAUGCAGAAUUAGCGAUGAAGAAAACCAAUGUCAUUUGUGUAGGUUCAUAGAACAGAAAAAGCCAUUGGUAUUUUUCAGUUUUUGCCUUUUUUUCACUUCGGUUCUGUUACUUACUGUCACCCUUAUUCGUAAAUACAAAAGAAAACGCAGAAAACUGAGACCAGUGAAGAAUGAACAGACUGUUUGUUUCCUGUUUAAAAAGGACAGCUUCAGUCAUUGUUGACCAGCAACAACAAGAACUUUCAUUCAUGUGAAUUCACUCCAUUUUAUUCUCAAAAAUGUCACGGACUGAUGAACUCCUCAAACAUAUUCCCCAUCUAAAAAAGAA